CUUCUCCUCUGUCUCCUCUCAGAGGGAGAAGAUGAUCUGCAGGAUCCUGCUGCUCAUCAUCCUCAACUCAUGUCUCUGUGCAGCAACAUUUGUAGUGAAUGUGACACAGAGCUGCUAUCAGGCAGAGGAGAACCACAACAUCACUCUGGAGUGGACCUUCACCACCAGACCUCAUGGAUCCUGGAGAUAUCUGUUUAUUACCUGCACCUUGUUAGCUCCUCACAGAGAACUAGUUCUGUAUCAGGUCCGUGAUGGUGUUGAGGUACCAGAGUCUCAGAAUGAACAGUUUUCAGGACGAGUCCAGAGUGACAAAGGCGUCCUCAGAGAAGGACGAAUCAGACUCCAUGUGUCCAGACUGAGGACUGAAGACUCUGGUCUGUAUCCGUGUGACGUGAUGACUGAUGGUGGCGUCGGCUCUGCAGGAUGCAGCGUCAGAGUCACUGACCCAAAACUUGCUAAAACGACAAGAACAGAGACGGAUCCUCACAGAACCCUCAUCACCCCAACCCCACAGGAGACCAGCAGUACCGGUCAGCGGUCCAGGCUGCUUCUGUGUUUUCCAGUUAUUUUUUUCAUCAUUUCUUUGAGCUCAUUCUUCUUCUGCAAAUAUAAAAAGUCCAAGAACUGUCAAAAGAGCCUCCUGAGUCAAGCCUCCACCUUGCAGUCUGGAUGCCUUGCUCAAGGACAGACCUGUAUUGAUGUAGAUGGAAGCUUCAUGAAGGGCUCAGAUUCAAACCAGCAACUGCAGCCUCAUAGAAACCCAGGAUGAAGAACCAUGUCCUGGUGAUCAGUCUGGGUAUCGAUGACAUCAGGUUCUUCAUGUGGCUGCUGUCAGAUUCUGCAGGGAUCCCCCAAACUUUCAGAUCAACUCAUGGUCAAAUGUUCUGGAUUUAUCUAGAAGAAGAAGAAAAAUCUGUGAUUUCGCACCAGAAAAGAAGCUCAUCUGUGUCUGUGAACUGAACUGUCUCGCCCCCGUCAUUUCUCUCCAAUGGGAGCAAUGAUCUUCACCCACAUGGCUUUUAUAUUUUAAUUAUAUAUAUUUAUAUUUAAUUAUAUUUUAAUUAUAGUUCACUUGCAAAAAGUACAAUGUGAAAGCAAACCGCACCAAACAAAAAAAAAUAAAGUCCCCUUGUGGUCCGGACCAAAGGACUUUCCUUCUGUCAAUACAGCAGAUCUUGUAGAUCAGACUCUGCUUUGAAGCGUUAGUUGGACAUAUUUAAAAUGUCUAUCUUGUAGAAGAUGUGCACUGGUGAUAUUAUAGGCUUUCAUUAGUGAAAGUCUGGUCACUUAGUUUAGAAGUGAUGUUUUUUAGAGAAGCUGCUGAAUGCUGUGAAAACAAAACAGCUUGAAACGUAUUUUUGCUACUUUGACACUUGAAGCACUUUAACUGACACUGAAUGUUUAGAAGUAUUUAUUCAGAACCAGUGUUCAAAGAUCCGAGUGAUGGACCAGAGGAUCAAAACAGAACUAAUGGCUGGAAAUAGUCUGGAAGAGAUGUUGAACAGAAGCUAAAUAUUACAAGUAAGAAGCCAAACUGUUUCUGGAAGCAAACCACUGGUUUAUUGAAGCUUUAUUUAAACAUAAUGAAUUAUUUGAAAACUCCUUGUGCUGAUAUGUUUCACUACUGAAAAAACUACUGAAAAAAAAUAAUGUUUUGUACUUGAGUAUUUAUUUUUUUACAUUGAAGAUAUGUUGCAAUAAAGGUAUAUUUGAAAUGUU